CAGCGGCGUGACUUCCGGUGGAGUGGCCACGCCCCGUCUCGCGGCUUUCCCCCAAGUCCGAAUACGGAUACUCCUGCAACCAUUUUUAAGGACCAAAUUGUUCUACCUGAAAUGAGUUUAGUGAUUAAAAAUCUGCAGCGAGUCAUCCCCAUCAGGAGAGUGCCACUUCGAAAGAAGAUUGAGAUCGUAAGGAGAAUUUUAGGAGUGCAGAAAUUUGAUCUGGGUGUCAUCUGUGUUGACAACAAGACUAUUCAGCACAUUAAUAGCAUCUACAGAGAGAAAAAUGUUCCAACUGAUGUACUUUCUUUUCCAUUUAAUGAGAAUCUGAAAGCAGGUGAAUUUCCCAAGCCUGAUUUUCCAGAUGACUAUAAUUUGGGAGACAUUUUCCUAGGUGUGGAAUAUAUCUUCGAGCAGUGCAAAGAAAAUGAAGAUUACAAUGACAUCCUGACUGUGACUGUCACCCAUGGACUCUGUCACUUGCUGGGCUUCACACACAGCACGGACACAGAGUGGCAGAAGAUGUUCCGGAAGGAGAAGGAGGUGCUGGACGAGCUGAGCCGACGCACCGGGACCCGGCUCCAUCCCUUGAGCAGGGGUCUCUUCUAAGUCGGCAGGUGGCUACAACGUGGGCGGCGAGCCCGGGAUAUCACUGGGUCUCAGAGGCGCUGCCCUGGCCCGACCGAAUUCAGUGGAGGGAACUCGUACAAUUUCUUUGUCUACAACAUAUUAGAAUAAAUAAAAGGGCUCUGGCCUGAGGUUGGAGCGCCAUCGUGUCA